AUGUAUGCAAAGCCUCUAGAGAAGCCCGCUCCUGGAGAGCUCCUUUGUGGGGCAACAGCAGUACGAGCUGCAGACCGCGUUUGGCCCCGAAGUUCCGAUGUGCGAAAGAGAAAACACGGGGAGGCACUGGUGAGAAGGCUGCUUCUGCUGGCCCUGCCUUCCCGCAGAGCACCGCUCUGCCCGCGAACCGCGGGAUGUUCGGGUCACAGUAAGUAUGUUACAGCUGCUCGAGAGGAAGAGAUUGCAGCUGAACCUCCAGCUAAAAUCAGCUGUGAAGGCAGCUCUGUGCGCACACGUAUCCCUUUCCAGAACAGUAAAAGUACCUUCAGCAGAGGCCAAAACCGCGCACGCACCGUUUUUGAGGCAAUAAAAGCAUCGGGUUUAUCGGGGUUAGUCGGUCUGCGCUGCUCCCUGCCAUGGGGGGUUUCUUUAGGGGUUCGGUGUGCGGUUAGCAAAGCCGCCUGCAAUUUCCGAUGCGAGGGAGGGAACCGUUUCCAGGUUGAGGACCAGCGACCUACCCGCUACUCCUCGGCCACCGGGGCUACCCCCUCACCACUGCCCCUCUGUCAAAGGGGACUUUGGAAUCUCCUCGCGCACCACCCCCGUGCGGAAAAAUGCGCGCUGAGGGGGGGAAGCCAGGGCGCGGGCCGGGGAGCGGAGCGGGCCGGGCCGGGCCCCUCCCUCGGGGCUCUCCCACCGCCUGCGCGCGGCGGCCGCGCCCCUUCAAAGCUCGAGCCGGCCCGGCCCGCGCUCCACAGAGAAGGAGGCGGCAGCUCCGCGCAGGAGGCGGCAGCACCGCGCAGGUCCUUGGAGAACGUGGCCAAAGGAGUUCCACAAGGUGUGUGCCCUCAGUGGGAAGAUAUACUGCUGUGUUUAACUCUCCCACACCUGCAGAAAGUGCCGUGGGCUCUUCGGCAAUCAGCUGUCCCUGGGACCUUGGCUUUCUCUUUUGCCCUGAAGCUGGACUGCCUGACAGCACAGCUGCCUCGCUUCCCCCACAGGUAG